GAUCGUCCUUGCUCACCAACUUUUUCAGGCGCGCGGUCGGAAAAUUCUGCAACGUGUGAGACCCUGGAAAACUUAGCAGCACAUUGGAUGUUGUGGAGACAACGGUACUUCCGGUAGACGUCCCAUCUCUACAUCCGGCGUUUACCCUGACUAUGGUUUUUAAAAUCAACGGCGUCCCUCUGAUACAGCAAGUGAUGGCUGUCACGCUGGAUGAGGAGAAGAUCAUACAUGGCUUUCCUUACAACGUGAUCCAUCCUAACGCUUUUCCCAACGGCGAUGCGAACUUGACCUUGAUCUCCACGCUGAGCAAGGACGACUUCCGGGGCAGCCAAGAUUGUGUGAUCCGCUUCCGGCUCAUCGAGGCCAACUCUUUCAUUGGCUCCUGGCCUGUGUGUUCACGUGAUUAUAAUGGGAGUCGACCAUCCUACACAGUAGGCCUCGCUUGCAACUCAUUCGCCCUUGUCUCAACACUGGGUAUAUUCAGCCUGCAAUCGAGUAAUGUCCCCUACAUUGUCUGGUCGAAAGAGAGAAUUCCUCUGCCACCGAAUCUGAUUGCUGAAGGACAUGGGGAGAACGACCCUUGCAACUGUACCAGCAGGAUGAGAUAGAUCCUAGACUAUAAUGGGAUCUACUUGCAGUUUGCUGGGCUAUGUGCGGCUUCAGACUGUAUCUGUUGAUGCUAUGUUUUACUCAACAUUUUCCUCAACG